AGUCUAGAACGUAUCUUUGAAGUAGAACGCAGAAGGCAGAACAAUUGUAUUUUGGAUUCCUUGCCGUGCGGAUGCGGAUCGCGUCGCGUAGUCAGAAAUACAGCAAACAGAAAAACAGAAAACAGAGAAGAAGAAAAAUAUAAACUGAAACACUGAAGCAACACUCUAAUAAUAAUCACAAUAAUAUUAAUAAUAAUAAUAUUCAAACAUCCAUUUCACCGUGUGUUUUUUGUGCCAAAAAAAAAGCGAAUUUCAAACAAACAAAACAACAUUAUUUUUUUUUGUCGUGCUUGUGUUCUUGUGUGUGGCAAAACAACAUAAUAACUUUUUAGCAGCAGAGCGAAAAAAAAAGAGUUUUAUAUACUUUUUUUUUUUGUUUCUCCAACAACGACGACGACGACGACGGCGACGUUAACGUGUUUUGUUGUUACGCUCACUUGUCUCUCAGUGUGUGUUGUUGUGCCAGGGCUGCCAGAUCGCGAGUUAUGAAAGCGCAGCGCGUCGCCAGCGUCGCACGCCAGCAACAACAGCAACAGCAGCAGCAACUUUGACAAUAACUAAAUAACAAUAAUUAUUAUACACAACAAAAUAAAAGCAUAAAACUAUUUUUGAUACACUACAAAAUAUACAACAAAAAGAAACAAGAAUUAUGGAUAACAGCAGCGAACAAAGUUCGACAGUCAACGGCAACAGCAACAACAGCAACAACAACAGUUCUGCAGCAGCAACCGCAGCAGCAGCGAUGGCAGCAGCAGCCGCUUUAAGCUUUAACCAACAGAAGCAACAACAACAACAGCAACAGCAACCGCGUCACCUUAAGGAGCCAGCGGCAGCAACUGUUGCUGCUGCGGAGCGACAACAGCAAUCGCCGUCGGAGAGUUGCAACACAAAUGCAAAUGCAAACGCUUGCAGCCCCAAAAUGGGUUCGCGUCGCAUCUUCACGCCGCACUUUAAGCUGCAGGUGCUCGAAUCGUAUCGCAACGACAACGAUUGCAAGGGCAACCAACGUGCCACAGCCCGCAAGUACAACAUUCAUCGCCGUCAGAUACAAAAGUGGUUGCAAUGCGAGCCCAAUUUGCGCUCCUCGGUGGCCAACAAUCAGCAUCAGCAGCAGCAACAGCAGCAACAGUUGCAGCAGCAAUCCCAAUCGCAGCAGCAGCAGCAGCAACAGCAGCAAUUGCAACUACAGCAGCAGCAGCAGCAACAUCAACAGCAGCAGCAACAACAAUCGCAACAACAAUCGGCUGCCUUGAAGACGCAUCAAUUUCACAACUUGCCACAUCCGUUGGCGCAUCACGUGCACCAUCAUCAUCAUCAUCAUGCUGCAGCCGCCGCAGCGGCAGCCGCUGCUGCUGCCGCCGCUGCUGCUGCGCAUGCGCAUCACUUUUUGGCCAACGGUUUUGCGACGGCGCAUCAUCAUCAUCAUCAUCAUUUGGGGGCGCCACCGCCGCCGCCACCGCCACCGCCGCCAACACAGCAGCAGCAACAACAGCAGCAGCAGCAGCCACAGCAGCAGCAACCACAACAAUUGCAUGCGCCUGUUGCCAUGUUGCCGACAUCGAAUGGCGACAAAGCUACCAGCAAUGGUUGCCACAACAACGGCAGCAGCAGCAACAGUUGCGAGGCUGCCAACAGUGCCACAGCGUUGCCAUAUAGUUCAAACUCCCAAGUGCCAAACAUCAGCAACAUCAGCAGCAGCAGCAACAGCAGCAGCAGCAACUCCUCCGCCAGCAACAACACCGUCAGCAACUCCUCCAGCAGCAACAGCCACAACAACAAUAACAACUCGAGCAACAUGCCAGCAACACUCGCGUAUGCCGCGUAUCUGCCACAGUUGCAUGCAGCCGCUGCUUAUUUGCCAGCGCCGCAGUUGGAGUUGCGCCUGAAGCCGCCAGCAGCCACGCCCACCGCGCCCAUGGAUCUCUCGCUCAGCAGCGCAGCGCGUCGCCAACGCGAGCAACAACAGCAACAGCAGCAGCAACAGCAACAGCAACAGCAGCAACAGUUGCUGGUGGAUUUGAGUUGCCGCAAGCGUGCGGCACAAACGUUGUGGCAAGCAGGCGACGAGGAUGAGGAUGAGGCAGCGCACAAAAUGACCAAACUGGAGGCCAUCAAAUGCGAAACCGAAGACAACGAAGACGUCGAUGUCGAUGUCGAUGUGGAGGCCGAAGCGGAGCCCGAAGCAACCACAACAACAACAACAACAUCGACGGCAACCGAAGCGAAAUUGCUGUUGCCGGUGAAGCAGGUGAAACUGUUUAAACCGUAUUUGCUGGAUGAGCGCGAGACGCAGCUGGAGCUGCGUUUGCACGACGCUGAGGAUGAGGAAGCGGAAGAAACGGAGCGUGAGGCGGAUGCCGAUGAAGAGGAGCAACAGCAACGGGAGCAACGGGAGCAACCACAGCAAAGGGAGCCCAUCAUUUGGAGCAAUGCGCCGUUGGCUGCAGCGAGUUGCUUUCAGUCGCCGCCAUUGCUGAUGCAGCUGCCACAUGCCACAACGACGGCAGCCACAAGCUCAAUGCCGGCAUUUCCCGCCGGGAGUCCUCAGCAUCAGUUUCACGGCGGCAACAACAGCUGCAGCAGCAGCUCCAGUUCCAUCUCCAGUUCCAGUUCCAGCUCCAGUUCCAGUUCCAGUGGCAGCGACUGCUCCAAGCCAUCGACGCCACAAAGCGUGCUCAGUCCAUUUUCGGCGCCGGCGCUCUCACCCACCGGCUUCUGUUGCCCCAAAGGUUCGCCCGUGUCUGGGUACGAGAGCAGCAGCAGCACCUACAGCGACAGCAGCAGCAGCCACAGCAUGUGUCACAGCAGCAACAGCAACCACAGCAGCAACGGCAACAGCAACAGCUCCACUCAUGGCUACAGUCUCCAGUUGCAGUUGCAUGCCGCCGUCUACAACGAUCACAUGAUACGCAUGAAGCAACAACAGCAGCAACAACAGCGACAGCAGCAACCAUUGUUGUCACAACAGCAACAGUUGCUGCAACGUUGGCUCGAUCAGGAGGCGCUGGUCGCCUUAGGGGCGCCACGCCUUACGCCUCCGCUGACAGUUGCCGAAGCUGCUGCCGCCGCCGCUGCAGCCGCUGCUGUUGCAGCAGCAACCACAACGCCCAGCAACAAUGCUCGCGCAUUGCUGGCCUAAAAGAGUGAGGGAGAUCGAAAGAGUGAGUGAGACAGAGACAGAGAGAGAGAGAGGAAGCGACAAUACAAUCCCACCAAGCAGGGGGGCGUGGCCAUGGGCCUGGUCCUUGGCCUUGUAAGUUAAUUAUACAUUAAUAACAAUAAGAAUAAAAAAAAAUCAACUUUUUUUUUUGCUAAAUUUCAUUUACAAAUUUAAUACACUUAAGCUAAUCAAUUAAAAUACUUCCAAAAAUCAACAAAACAGAAAAAAAAACACACACACAUAUCACACACAUUUGUCAUAAAUUAAUUUUAGUUUUAGUUUUUAAUGAAAAGCUCUUAAAUAUAUAUGAUUUUUUUUUUGUCGCCCACAAAUUAGCUUUAAGACGCACGCAACUUACAAUUAAGUUUAAACAACAUUUUUUUUUUAUUUGCUUAAUUAAAAUAUAAUUUAAUUAAUGUACGAUUUUUUUUUUUUGCUUACUUUAAUUAGGUUUAACCACAUUUUUUUUUUGUUUUGUGUAAAUAACUAAGUUGUAAGUGUACAAAAAAUGAAUAAUUAUUAAAUAUCAAGCAGAAAAUUCAAUUUGCAAAAGAAUUUUUUACGCUAAAUUUCAAAAUGAAGAAUGGGAAAAUUCAAACGAUUGUAAGAGAAAGCUUUAAAAACAACACACACACACACACACACACACAUAUGAAUUUUGUUGUCAUGGCUGUAAAAAAUUGGGGCGUGGCCAGCCCAUUAAAUGAAGUUAACAUAAAAAGAAAUGAAGGAGAAAAUUUUAAAUGAAAUGAGAAACAACGGGAACUAAUCAAAUGUGUAAUUCUUUUUACAUAGCUUAAAGAUUUAUAUAUAUAUACAUAUAUUUACAGUUAAGCAGAAGAGCAGAUCAUAUAGAUCGUAUAUAUAUAUUAUAGAGUACAUACAUAUAUAUAUUUUUUUUUUGGGAAAUUGAAAAUUCUUGUGAUAUGAAACAAACAAAAUUGAAUAAAUUGUUAAAAACUGCUGAUAAAUCAAAACAAAACAAAAAAAUAAA